AUGACCGACAUGUUUACGCUCCUUGUCGCACCGGGUGGAGGAGACGAACUCCAAGGUCUCAAAAAGGGCAUUGUGGAACUCUCUGAUUUGAUCUUGGUUAAUAAGAGUGAUGGGGAAUUGGAGGGGGCGGCCAAGGUGGCUGUUAUGGAGUAUUUGAGUGCACUCAAGUUUGUGAAAGGGGGGUGGGAGCAGUGGCGAGCCGAGGUAUUACCGGUUUCUUCUCAUCGUGGGACGCAUAUUCCAGAGGCAUGGGAGAUUAUGAAGCGGUAUUACCAUGAAAUUGAGUCAUCCGGAUACCUCUUUCAAAAACGUGGGACGCAACGUACAAACUGGAUGUGGCGGGGUAUUACGGAUGAAUUGAUUUGGAGAUUAAAGAAUAAUGUACAUGUCCGAGACAUGAUUCGACAGUUAGAAGGGGACGUAUUUGAAGGACACUUGGCACCCGGACAAGCUUCGGAUAAAGUUUUAGAAGCGUUUAUAUCUAGUCAACAAAAGCGAUAA